AUGCGGUCCAUUCGAAACAAGCGUCUCCCCGUGAGGGCUCGCUACCUCUCGACUGCCACAGCCGCGACAGGCAGCGCCCAACCGAAGCAGACACCGCUGAACUCUGUCCUCAUAGCCAAUCGUGGUGAGAUUGCCAUAAGAAUCAAUAAGACGGCGGAACGCAUGGGCAUCCGCGCGACAACUGUCUACACCGAUGUCGAUGCUGCGUCAUGGCAUGCCUCAUCUGGCUUUCAGUCCCUUGCCCUCGGCCCUUCCAAUGCCUAUCUUGAUGGCGACAAGAUCAUUUCUCUAGCCAAGAAGAACGGCAUUCAGGCAUUACAUCCGGGUUAUGGUUUCUUGUCAGAGAAUCCCAAGUUUGCCGAGAAGUGCGAGCAGGAGGGCAUUGUCUUUGUGGGGCCUCCCGCGAGCGCAAUGGCGGACAUGGGCCACAAGGCGAGGAGCAAGGAGAUCAUGACCGAUGCGAAUGUGCCUUGUGUACCGGGAUACCAUGGUGCGCAGCAAGGGGAGCAAUUUCUGCUCGAGAAGGCCAGGGAAAUCGAGUUCCCUGUGCUGCUGAAGAGCGUGAGGGGUGGUGGCGGCAAGGGCAUGCGCAUCGUCAUGACAGAGGAGGAAUUCAUCCCCCAACUCAACAGCGCCAUGGCCGAGGCCAGAGCGUCCUUUGGCGAGGGCGGCGAGGUCAUGCUCGUGGAGAAGUACAUUGUCCGCCCCAGGCACGUCGAGGUGCAGGUCUUUGCCGACAAGUGGGGAAACACCGUGGCCCUGGGCGAGCGUGAUUGUAGUGUGCAGAGGCGACACCAGAAGAUCCUCGAGGAGUCCCCUGCCCCGGAGCUGGACGAGGAGGUCCGUCAGGAUCUCUGGAACAAGGCCCGCCAGGCUGCUUCGGCCGUGGGCUACGUGGGCGCCGGCACGGUCGAGUUCAUCCUCGACAAGGAUACCAACAAGUUCUACUUUAUGGAGAUGAACACUCGCCUGCAAGUCGAGCACCCUGUCACCGAGAUGGUCACGGGGCUGGAUCUUGUAGAGUGGCAAUUCCGCGUCGCAGCCGGCGAGAGUCUGCCCUUGACGCAAGCUGAGGUGGAGGAGAACAUGCGCCAGCUUGGCGCCGCCAUUGAGGCACGCAUCUACGCUGAGAACCCCGAGAAGGGCUUCUUGCCCGACUCUGGCAAGCUGGUGCAUGCGUACCUGUCAUCUUCAUUCGAGUCCGACCCAGACGUCCGCCUGGACUGGGGGUUCAAGUCUGGAAGCACCAUCUCCGAGGCCUACGAUGGCAUGAUCGCUAAGCUCAUCGUCCGAGGCGAAACACGCGAGCGUGCCAUUGCCAAGAUGGAGUCCGUCCUCCGUAAGUACCAAGUUGUCGGGGUCAGCACAAACGUGGAGUUCUUGAAGAGGUUAUGCCAGACCCCUGCCUUCAUUGAAGGAGACGUCGAGACCGGCUUCAUCGACAAGUGGAGGGACGCCCUGUUCAAACCCCGUCACAUCAAAAACGAAGUGUUUGCGCAAGCCGCUCUAGGCAUCGUCAGCAAACAACUACAAAGUGCUCCACCUCAGGGCCUGUCGCUUGGUUUCGGCAGCCAAAGCGCGACCAGCGAGCGCAAGGUGGCCUUCAAGGUGAUGGACGGUUACAGCAAAGAGGAAGGCGAGGUUGUCGAAGCCUCGGUCGCUCAGACUGCCCCUUCUAUAUUCACCAUUACCGUCACCCGCAAAGGCGCAGAACCGGAAGCUUUCAGCAACAUCACCUCUUCACACAACAACCACGGCGACGUUGUCAGUGUCGAGUCAUUCUUCCUUGGUGAGAGGAUCAAGUCCUCUGUCGUCCCACAGUCGCUCGAGAACGAUAUCAAAAUCACCAUCUUCCAGCACGGCAUUAAGACGGACCUCAUGCUGCUGCCGCCCAAGUGGUAUGAGAAGGAGCUGGGUCUCAAGGAGGUUUCAGCAUCUGUCGCAGCGCCAAUGCCUUGCAAGGUGCUGAAGAAUGAGGUUGAGGAAGGGCAGAAGGUCAAGAAGGGCGCGCCAUUGGUCGUCAUCGAGUCGAUGAAGAUGGAGACGGUUAUUCGCUCGCCACAAGACGGCGUCAUCAAGAAAUUGGCGCACAAGGCAGGGGACAUCUGCAAAGCCGGUACCGUGCUUGUCAUGUUCGAGGAGGAGCCUGAAACCAAAGAACCGUAA